UAAUCAUUAACCACUGCCGAGUGUAGCCCUUUUCUAAUCCCUCUCUUAAGCUGAGUUUUUCGUGGCUUUGGUUGGCGCCUUUUUUUUUAUGGAAAUACCAAAAAAUCUUGUUUGAUUUCAAGUAUAGCAAAUUAUGCCUAGUUUCCUUGUACAAUUUGCUCAGUUCCAUGACGAGUUCCGAUUACCGGAAUUGCUCGCACUUGCAAAACUUGAAAAUGUAGAUAUUAAAUAUGAACCUGACAACUAUAAACUGAAUAAUCCUUUCUUUAAAGUUGAACUGAACUCGGUACAAGACGCACAAAAGCUUGUUAAACGAGCUAUUCUGAUCAAACACAUUUUUGAGCUUUGGGGAGAAGGAUCAACCUAUGAAGAACUUCAUUCACAAGUCAAAAAGACGUCAGAUCGUUGGAACGAAUACAUGACUUGUUCUUUCAAAUUUGUGGUAUCAGCUUUUGGCUCAACUAUUAAUGCCAAAGAUCAACUAAAGAUCAUCAAUUCAUUUUCCUACCUUGGAUUCGAAGGACCCAUUGACAUGAAAAAUCCAGACGUCCAGUUUCAUGUAUUAGCUGACCAUGGCAUCGAGAAUGCUUUUACCAACAAGCGUACUCAAACUGAACCUCAUUACAUUUAUAUGGGAAAACUGGUUGCUACUGGUAGUCGAGAGCUUGUCAACAAGUACAAUUUAAAAAAGAGAAAAUACUUGGGUACAACAUCUAUGGAUGCCGAAUUAUCACUUGUCAUGGCAAAUCAAGCAUUAGCCGCACCAGGAAAGAUUGUGUACGAUCCAUUUGUGGGAACAGGCAGCUUUUUGUUCACCUGCGCUCAUUUUGGAGCUUAUACAUUGGGAUCAGAUAUUGACGGUAGACAGAUCAGAGGAAAGGGCGAGAAAGGUAUUCGCUCCAAUGUGGAACAGUAUAACUUGCAGGGCCGAGUAUUGGAUACACUCGUGUUUGAUAUUUGUCAUAAUCCUUGGAGAACGACGGAAUGGAUAGAUGCCAUCGUGACAGAUCCUCCCUAUGGUGUCCGUGCAGGAGCCAAAAAACUAGGGAGAAAUGAUGGUAAAGAGUUGGCAAUGAGAACUUAUGAUGGUAUACCAAUGCAUACAAGGGAUGACUAUUAUCCACCUACAAAGCCAUAUGAAAUGUCAGAAGUCCUUGUUGAUCUUUUGAAAUUUUCUGCUCGACAUCUUACAGUGGGCGGACGGUUGGUUUAUUGGUUACCUACUGUUGUAGAUGAGUACUCCAACACGGAUGUUCCUCAACAUCCAUGCAUGAAGUUGGUGGCAAAUAGUGAGCAAAACUUUGGACAGUGGUCUCGAAGAUUGAUUACUAUGGAAAAGAUCAAGGCAUGGACUAAAGAAGAUGAUUUAACAGAGACCGAAAAAGCAGAAAUAAUUGAGAAAGGACAAGAAGAUCCAAAACGACCAGGUCAUUUCUUGUUCCGUGAAAAGUACUUUAACUUUGGACGUACUUGAUUCUGUAGAUAACUUGUAGAAUAAUAAAAAGAUUAUAGAAAGUACGC